CACAGUCACACUCACACAUUAGCGCUGAUGAAUUUAUUAUUUUAGUGAGUUGGCCGAUUCUUUGACAACUUUUGUAUUUAAUUAAUAUUGAUAUAAAUCACCAAAAUGUCGAAAAAGAAGGGAAAUAAGAAAAAUCAAGAUUUUGAUGAGGACUUCGAAGAUAAAAAGACUAUUGUAAGCGAUUCUCAUGAGGUAACCUCUAAAGGUAAAGGAAAAGGGAAAAAGAAAGGUAAAAGCAGCGCAGGAGAUUGGAGUGAUAGUGAUGAAGAUGUUCAGAAGAAGGUGGUAGCUUCUGAUGAUGAGGACAUUCCCAAACCAGCGGCGAAGAAAUCACAAAAGAAAGGAAAAAACAAGAAGAAGGGUCAUGAUUCUGAUGAUGAACAGGAUGAUGCAAACUCAACAACUAGUAGUGUUACGAAUACUGCUUCCAAACCAGCGGCAAAGGCCAGUAAAAAGAAAAAAGGCAAAGGUAAGAAGGACGACGAUUGGUCUGAAGGCAGUGAUGUGGAGCUCAAAGAGGUAUCCGAAGAAGAAAUUGUAAAACCUGUUAGUAAAAAGAAAACUAAAAAUAAAAAGAAAAAUAUAGAAGCUGAAUCUUCAGAUGAGGAGGAUCAAGACCAUGAUGAUUCUAAAUCAGUAGUUAGCAAUGUUUCUAGUAAUCAGGCCAAACCUGCAUCUAAGUCAAAGAGCAAAAAAGGUAAAGGCAAGAAAGACGACUGGCCAGAUGAAGAGAGUGAUAAGGAAUUAAAAAUGGAACCUUCAGAGGAUGAAGAAGAAAUCGUUAUUCCCGUAGUUAAGAGUAAAGGUAAAAAUAAAAAGAAGAAUAAUAUUGAUGACAUAGAGGCCGAGUUGAAGAAGUUCGAAGUGAAAGAUCCUGAACCUGAACCCGAAGUGCCUGUAAAAGCAAAGGAUAAAAGCAAGAAAGUAAAGAAGGAAGAAAUAGUUGAACCGGAACCUGAUGAAGCAAUGGAGACUGAUGACAAAGUACCAGAAUUAGCCGAGAAAGAGAAAGAGGAACCGGCUGAGAAGAAAAUGAGUCAUAAGGAAAAAAAGAAAUUGAAGAAACAACAAGAGUAUGAGAAACAGAUGGAGUUGUUGACUAAGAAGGGUGGCCAGGGACACAGUGAUCUAGAUGCAAACUUUACUGUUAGUCAGGCGCAGAAAACUGCUGGUCAAAUGGCAGCAUUAGAGAACGCAGUGGAUAUAAAAGUAGAAAACUUUUCAAUAAGUGCUAAAGGCAAGGAUUUGUUUGUGAAUGCAAACCUCUUGAUUGCUAACGGUCGGCGGUACGGUCUUGUAGGCCCUAAUGGUCAUGGAAAGACUACUUUGUUAAGGCAUUUGGCCCAACGUGCCUUCCCUCUCCCGCCCCAUAUAGACAUACUGCUGUGUGAGCAAGAGGUCACUGCGAGUGAUAUGAGCGCUGUUGAUACUCUACUUGAAGCUGACGUUAAGAGGACUGAAUUGCUGAAGGAAUGUAAAGAAUUGGAAGCUGUCAUAGAAAAGGGAGAUCUUAGUAAACAGGAUAGGUUAAAUGAGGUAUACGCUGAAUUGAAAGCUAUCGGCGCUGACUCGGCGGAGCCGCGUGCUCGUCGUAUCCUGGCGGGUCUCGGUUUCAGUCGGGAAAUGCAAGAUCGCGCCACUAAGAACUUCUCUGGUGGUUGGCGUAUGAGAGUCUCACUGGCUAGAGCGCUGUACAUAGAACCAACAUUGUUGAUGCUUGACGAACCUACAAACCAUUUAGAUCUGAACGCCGUCAUCUGGUUGGAUAACUACCUCCAAGGUUGGAAGAAGACACUUCUCGUAGUAUCCCACGACCAGUCUUUCUUAGACAACGUAUGUAAUGAGAUCAUACACUUGGACACACAGAAGUUGUACUAUUACAAGGGUAAUUAUUCCAUGUUCAAGAAAAUGUACGCACAAAAGAGGAAGGAAAUGAUCAAGGAAUAUGAAAAGCAAGAGAAGAGAUUAAAAGAUUUGAAGGCGCACGGACAGUCGAAGAAACAGGCUGAAAAGAAACAGAAGGACGCUUUGACCCGUAAACAAGAGAAGAACCGCAGUAAGGCACAGCGCGAGGACGAGGAGAGCGCCGCCCCGACCGCACUGCUGCAGCGGCCCAAGGAGUACAUCGUCAAAUUCUCCUUCCCCGACCCUCCGCCACUCCAACCUCCCAUACUUGGGUUACACAAUGUGUACUUCAAUUUUCCGGGUCAAAAGCCUUUGUUCAAGGAUGUGGACUUUGGUAUUGAUUUGAAUUCACGUAUCGCCAUCGUUGGACCAAAUGGAGUGGGCAAGUCCACUUUCCUCAAACUGCUAGUGGGCGAGCUGACUCCCGUCCAAGGAGAACUAAUUAGGAAUCAUAGGCUGAGGAUAGGUCGUUUCGACCAGCAUUCAGGAGAACAUUUAACAGCCGAGGAGACCCCAGCCGAAUAUCUUCAGCGACUAUUCGGCCUUCAGUACGAAAAGGCGCGCAAAGCUCUCGGCACCUUCGGUCUAGCUAGUCACGCGCAUACUAUCAAGAUGAUGGAUCUCAGUGGAGGACAGAAAGCCAGGGUCGCGUUAGCUGAACUAACUCUAAUGGCACCCGAUGUUGUUAUUUUGGACGAACCUACGAAUAACUUGGACAUCGAGAGUAUAGACGCGUUGGCGGACGCCAUCAACGACUACAAGGGCGGCGUCGUCAUCGUCUCUCACGACGAGCGACUCAUCAGGGAGACUGACUGCGCACUCUACGUCAUUGAGGACCAGACUAUCAAUGAGGUGGACGGUGACUUCGAUGACUACCGUAAGGAGUUGCUGGAGAGUCUCGGCGAGACCAUCAACUCCCCGUCCAUUAUCGCGAACGCAGCGGUCCAGCAGUAAAACGAAUAAACAAUUCCAAUCCGUUGUACAAUUUGUUGAAAUUAUUUUAUUUAUGUACUUAUGUUUUUUUCUUCCUAGUUCAUUAUAAAGGUAUACGAUUCGGUAGUUUCCAACUUUUCUGUGAAUUUUGUACGAGUUCCCAAAUAUGGCGUCAUAAUUUUAUUAUGUCGAACACUUGUUUUAAAGUUAACUAAAAUUUGUCUAAAAGUAAGUAAAUCGUCAAAUCAGUUAAUGAAAGUAUGAUUAUAUUUUAAUAAUUCAUUCUAUUGAAAAGUCAAAAUUAUUUAUUUUUAGCUGGGAAACUACCCAGUUCGCUUUUUUGUUUGUUUUGGUCAUAAUAUGAGUCAUAUCACAAACAGCCUUCUAUUUAACUUUGGUUGACCAAAUGACUUUUAGAUCGAUCAGUUGGAAGCGAAUUGAUUCUAUUUUCAUACCGCAUUUGUCACCAAAUACACUUUAAAAAUAAGAUGUUCUCUCAAUUUCGUUCAUAAUAAAUUAUGUUUUAACUUUCAAGAGAUUUGAAUGGUGCUAAAGGUAUCCUGCGUACAUUGGUUGUUACUAGGAAUAGAUGUUUGAAAAGAAAGAAAGAUAUUUACUUUAUGUUCAAUAAAUUGUUUCCAGACGACUAAACUUUUCACUUUAUUGCUCAAGCCAUUAAACCCCAAGCGAACGCCGGCGUUCGCGUACCGAUUGUUCUUCUUUUUUGGCUCGAAUUACCACAACUGGAAGGUUAAUUUCAGUGUCAUAAGUAAUUUUGACAAAUAGUACAGCAUGUUUAUUUUUAAACGUAAUAAACUUUACUCAGUACAUUAUCGAAUUCAUUAAAGUUUUAACUGUAACUAGCUUGUAUAAUAUGAGAUUACUGUCUUGCAAUAUCCAAGUGCCUAAUUCUAGAGCACUUUUUAAGUUUUAACACUGCCCGUAACCACGUUUUAAAAAAUAUAUGAGUUGUUUUAGCAGAAAAUAUUGCAUUAUUACAUUUUUAGUUUGGCAACCCUUAUUUUGUAUUUUAUAUAGCAACACAGACUUUCAGGAUGUCUUCCAAUAUUUUCAGCUUAGUAUGGUAUCAUCUUUCGAACGUAGCCUGGCGUUUUCUUGUGAGAUGUAUGAACCUAAUUUUAAUGAUUUUGGAUAUAGAUUCACCCGUAGAUAGUUUAAUAAAUAUUAAAAAUAAUGCAGAACAAAUAAAAUGUCACACAAUGUAAUUGAUAGUAUUAAAACACUGCGUUUUGUUUCGAAUUGUUUGUUUCUAUCGAAUAGUAAAAUAUGUUGGGCAUGUGUCUUUCACAUAAUUGAUUUUAAAUGUAACAUAUUUAAAUAAAUAUUUAUAUACAUUAAUAAAUUUUGUUACAAAAUUUA